AUGCGCCUGGUAGGUGCCGAACCGCCUCGACCCAACGAUGAGGCAAUCGUUUUAGCGCUCCGUGAAGAAUUCCGCCUCUGCGAGACCGAUACGCAGCGAUACGACCUGUGUGUACAGAAACGAGAUGAGCUGCUCGAUCAACAAACCAGAUUGCAGACCUUGGCCGCUGCCUGCGAGCGCGUCAUGUCGAGCGAGUGCCCCGAGUAUGGAAGGCGGAAGAAGGCCAAGAGCCAAGACUCGGCCACAGACGGAUCUGCUCUGAAGGAGGUGGUGCGUUGCUGGGGCCGAGACGUUGUCCAGCACUACCAGUGGUCCUCCAAGGGAGAGAAAUAUUGCAACCAACUGCGUGCCACGGCACGAAGAGUCCCAGUUUGGGAAGAAGCUGUCGUUGGUCUGAACUGGUCGAUGCUCCAACGGUCUAGAGAUAUCCGUCGGCGGCCGGUAAAGGCUUUGGUCAACCCGAUAGAGCAGGCUGAUCUGGACAGCCUCAGGAGUUGGUCCCGUGAAGAUCCAUUUCCCUGCAAAAGGCUGGCUGCCAAAGACUUGCCGGAUACUUUCGGAUUCGAUAAAUAUGGUCUCAUGGUGUACAAGGAGUUUGCUGUCGGCCUGGCUGGGCCCGACGGUACCGGUACUACGGAGGCACCAGCGGUACCGGAAACCAACGGCGCUGAUAUUACAGAGCCACCGGAGUAG